UUGUUUAAUUUUGAAUUUUGUUUUAUCACAAAAUCUGUUUCUCAGUAAACGAAGAGCGCAGCCACUGCUGUUGAAGUAGCGAAACCUCGUCCACCUCUCACAUCUGUCUUUCGCUUCCUCGUUUAACUAAAACCCAGUGGAAUUAAUGGCGUCCAAGUUUCAGCAAUUGUCAUCUAAGGCAUGCCAACUUACGCAGCUUAUCACCAAGAAUAGUUGUACCCUCUACAAACAGACACUAGAGCAGAACAAGCAGUAUAUUGUGGAGCCAUCUACUGUGGGAAAGUGUGAGGAAUUGUCUAAGAAACUAUUUUACACCCGUCUCGCCAGUAUCCCUGGUCGGUACGAGGCAUUUUGGAAGGAACUUGACUAUGUGAAGAACUUGUGGAAGAUGAGGCCGGAGUUGAAAGUCGAGGAUGCAGGAAUUGCGGCUUUAUUUGGCAUCGAGUGCUUUGCGUGGUUCUGUGCCGGGGAGAUUGUUGGAAGGGGAUUUACCUUCACCGGUUACUAUGUCUGAAAGUGACCAUUUGAGCCAAAAGUUUUUUUUGACCAAAUGUAAAUCCAAGAGAUGGAAAUUAGGAUGAGAAUGACAGAAAGUGGAACUUCAAAUUUAUUUUUGUUUUUCCCUUGAAAAUGUUUCCGGAGCUGAGAAAUCAGUAACUAACUUUGAUUAAUUCAAUAAUCUGCCUUUCAAGAAAAGAUAUGUAUUCGAU